AUGUUACAAGGAGCAGAGAAGAAGUAUAUCCAGAUCGAGAAGUUGGCAUUGUCUUUGGUGACAACAGCAAGGAAGUUGCGACCUUACUUCCAGUCCCACCCUAUUGUUGUCUUAACUAAUCAUCCUUUGAAGCAGGUUAUGUCAAAAUCGGAUACAUCUGGCAGGAUGAUUAAAUGCGCGGUGGAGCUGGGAGAAUUUGACAUUGAAUUUCAAACGAGGAGUGCAGUUAAAGCACAAGUGUUUGCUGAUUUCCUGGUUGAGCUCGUUGGUGAACAACCAGAAAAAGAGGAAAGAUGGCUGUUACACGUGGAUGGGUCGUCGACCUCAAAGAAUGGAGGAGCUGGUAUUUACUUGCAAGGACCAGAUGGUGCUGAGAUCGAGAUCUCCGUGAGGCUAAAUUUUCCGGCUACCAACAAUAAAGCUGAAUAUGAAGCUUUAAUUCAAGAAUUGCAGACGACAUGGGAUGGAGGUGUAAGGCAGGUAGACGUAUAUACGGACUCACAACUUGUCGCGAUGCAGGUACAGGGCACCUAUGAGACGCGAGAGUGGUCCAUGACACAAUACCUGGCAAAGGUGAAAGACAUGAUAAAAAAAUUUGACAGAUGCACGAUUAACCAAAUCCCAAGGGACGAGAACGCACGAGCGGAUACCUUGUCGAAGUUCGGGUCGCUAGUCGAAGGAAUUAACGAAAGAAAGAUCACGGUGAUGGUAAAGUCACAACCGGUAAUAGAUGAAGCGGAGGUUCACGCAGUUGAGAUGACGGAUUCCUGGAAAACGCCUUUUGUUCGGUAUUUAAAGCAUGGGGAGUUGCCUAGCGGCGCAAUCGCUGCCAAGAGACUACAGUUCAAAGCAAAUCGCUUUACUAUGAUCGGAGAUGAUCUCUACAAGAGAACUCCAGAAGAUAUUUUGUUGAAAUGCUUAGAUGCCGAGAGGUCGCAGUAUGUUAUGAAGGAAAUACAUGAAGGCAGUUGCGGAAAUCAUUUAGGAGGAAGAUCGCUGGCUCAUAAGAUCCUUAGGCAAGGCUAUUUUUGGCCCACGAUGGUGGAGGAUGCAAAGGAGUUCGCUAGAAAAUGUGAAAGUUGCCAAAAAUAUGCGGGAUUGCUGCGUUCCCCAACGACCCCUCUGGAGCCCUUGAAAGUCGCAUGCCCUUUUGAUCAAUGGGGGAUCGAUAUCAUUGGUCCAUUUCCUCAAGCAGUGGCUCAGAAAAAAUUCUUGAUUGUGGCGGUCGAGUACUUUUCCAAGUCGGUCGAGGCGGAAGCUUUGGCAAAAAUCUCUGAAAAAGAGGUAGUCAAUUUCAUUUGGAAAAAUAUUAUUUGCAGGUUCGGGGUUCCGCGCGUUCUGGUAUCGGAUAACGGAACCCAGUUCCAAGGAAAGAAGAUCGUGGCGUUGUGUAAAGAGCUGAAAAUCCAACAGAAUUUUACGGCGGUCGGGAACCCACAAGUGAAUGGGCAGGCCGAGGUCACGAACCGAACCCUGUUGCAAUACUUGAAGACUCGGUUGGAAGGAGCAAAAGGGGCAUGGGUCAGCUGCCUGGAGUACUCUGGGCAUAUCGAACGACCCCACGAACUGCCACGGGUGAGACCCUCUUCUGUUUGGUAUAUGGCAGUGAAGCUGUCAUACCUGCGGAGGUCGGGGAAGAGACAGCUCGAGUUGACCUUACAAUGA